GCGCCGUUACCGCGGCAACGCUUCUGACGGCUUCCCCUUGUUGUAGCCGUUUAGCUAGUUUCUCAACGUUUGGGAGUAAAAAUAUCGAAUUCGAUGCCAAAAUUAAGCUCCGACACGCUGUGGGAGCAGGCGGCGGCCGAGGUCCGCCACCGGGAGAGCGGAGCCGGGCAGGAGGCCGGGGAGGAGGCCGGGGAGGAGGCCGGAGGAGAGACGCUCAGCGAGAGGAGCGUGUUUCUGAUGGGGAGCAAGUCGGGGGGUAAAACGUCCAUUCUCCUCCGGUGUCUGGACAGGGACGAGCCAUCCAAGCCAACCCUGGCACUGGAAUACACCUUCGGCAGACGGGCUCGAGGACACAGCACACCCAAAGACAUAGCUCACCUGUGGGAGCUGGGAGGAGGGACCUCUCUGUCAGACCUGGUCCAGAUCCCCAUCACUCCUGCCAACAUCAGGUCUUUCUCUGUCAUCCUCGUUCUGGACCUGUCUAAACCCAACUCCCUGUGGGGAACCAUGGAGAAGCUGCUGCAGGCCGCCCAAGCUCAGCUGGACAAAGUCUAUUCGCAGGCACAACAAGCAGAGAAGACCAAAGCUGGGGCCAAACACCAGCCGUCUGUCCACCCAGCAACACGUGUCUUACCUAAAGAUUAUCCUGACAGAGAGCUGAUCAGCCCCUUUCCCGUUCCCCUACUCAUCAUUGGCAGCAAGUAUGACAUCUUUCAGGAAUUUGACUCUGACAAGAGGAAAGUGGUCAGUAAAACGCUCCGUUUUGUUGCCCACUACUACGCUGCCUCUCUAAUUUUCACCAGCAUCAAGUUGGAGAGCCUCAUGUCAAAAACCAAGAGCUUCUUCUCCCACCUGGCCUUCGGUGUGGACAGAGGGAAAACUGUGUGUUGUGACUCCACCAAGCCUCUCGUCAUCCCAGAAGGGUCUGACUCCUUCAGUCAAAUAGGCAGUCCUCCUGCUGCUGAUGUGGACAUAACUUCUCUGCACGCCAAAAACCCAAAGGAUCUCUGGAAGAAAGUCUACGAGCGAGUUUUCCCCCAAGAGAGUACCGGCGAACAGAGGGAACUAAAGGAUCCAGCCAAAGACCCACAGUACAGCGUGCCUCAGAUUGAUGCCAUGAGAGCCCAGAAAGACCAGGAGUUGGAUCAGUAUAAGAGAAAUGCGGCCAAGUCGUGGAAGGGAUUGGAACUGGAGACCUGAGAGAUCAUCAGCUUCUUGGUCCCACACAUACAACACAUGUACAUUUUUGCAUUAUUUAUUUCUAGGGUGUCAGUUGUUGUUUUUUCUUCUUAUUUGUUGAUUCAUACAACUUGUACACAUCUACUUUUUCUUUUAACGUUACAAAACUACUUUUACAGUUUAGUGAUGAUAAAAUGUGUUUUGUAAAAUAAACAAUUUUACAUUA